AUGCCACGCGGACCACUGACAUACUCCCCAACGGAGUGCUGCGCGCUCAUCUGCGGCUGCGCGGGCCCGAGUCUCGCGCGUGCUCCAUGCCGGGAGCGGGAGUCCCUCUCGAUGAGGGCGCUGCCGCCGCGCGGUUGGGCGCGUCUCAGCAGGUCUGAACCAGCUCAGCAGCCUGCUCCUGGGGCCCCUGAAGGGGGUGCCCCUGGGGGGCCCCCGGGGCCGCCCCCCAAUCUGAGCAGUAACCGUCGGCUGCAGCAGACGCAGGCCCAGGUGGAGGAGGUGGUUGAUAUUAUGCGAGUAAACGUUGACAAGGUACUGGAACGAGACCAGAAACUUUCAGAGCUUGAUGACCGGGCAGAUGCACUUCAGGCUGGUGCCUCAGUAUUUGAAAGUAGUGCAGCAAAACUCAAAAGGAAGUACUGGUGGAAGAACUGUAAGAUGAUGAUCAUGAUGGGAGUGAUUUGUGCCAUUGUGGUGGUGGUGAUUGUAAGCUGUAUUCAGGAUCUGAAUGAAGAUCUCCUGAAGCAGGGUGAUACUCACAGCAUAGAUAGGAGUAUGGCUGGAAUUAAGGGCAGGAGACUGUUACACAGUGAAGCUCUACCAAUGUGCUAUGGGCUGCUUUUUGUCCUGGUCUGAGGACAGCUACACACUUCAGCAACCUACCUAGACU